AGAUCGCGUCUUUCUGUAAGCAGGCGUGAAGCUUGCAAUAGCUCAUGCGUUAAGGCGCGCUAAAAUAAUCAAGUAUACUUAAUCCUCGCCCCUGGGUUGAAACCAUUCACGGAAGCUACAUCGAUACGAGAGCAGCUCGACACGAAAAGUAAUUCUUCCUAAAACGGCGAUAAAGUACAAGAAAUCUUUCAACAGUUUUGGUGUUUUACGUUCCAGGCCAGAAGCAUGAAGACUUUUAUACUUGCAGUGUGUGUCGUCGCGAUGGUUUUGCUCAGCACCGUUGAAUGCAAAUCCACCAUUAACAAACGACUGCUCUUGGAAAGACUUCUUCGCCGAUUGAAUGAUGCCCCAGUGAUAGAAGAACCGAUCAUCCCAGAGGAGGCACAGAACACAGGAGAAAAUGGCGGGAACCCUGACUACAAUCCAUUUGAAGAAAGAUCUUUAAAGACCAAACGACUACAGCAAUCCAAGAAGAAUCAACGCCCAGUGAUAGAAGAACCGAUCAUUCCAGAGGGGGCUCAGAACACAGGAGAAAAUGGCGGGAACCCCGACUACAAUCCCUUCGAAGAAAGAUCCAUGAUGAGCAUGAGACGAAAUAUGAAGAGGAACGAACGGUAUGUUUGUUUGUCUUUUAGCCGCCCAGUGAUAGAAGAACCGAUCAUUCCAGAGGAGGCUCAGAAGACAGGAGAAAAUGGCGGGAACCCUGACUACAAUCCUUUCGAAGAAAGGUCCAUGAGAAGCCAUCUGAAGAGAAAUGAACGCCCAGUGGUAGAAGAACCGAUCAUCCGGCCAGAAGAGUCCCAUAAUACAGGAGAAAAUGGCGGGAACCCUGACUACAAUCCUUUUGAGGAAUAAUCCUAGCGUAGCUCAUUUGUAGCCUGCGUUGCACCCGAAAAGUUUGUCGGACUUUACGAAUAAAAUUCCGGAUGCAUAGCUAUUUCUUAAAUAGUAUAUUUCGCUAGUAGAUAAGAUAACGAAUGACUGGCCUCUAUACCUAGAAUAGACAAUAGGCAAUAGUUUAUUUAAACACGUAUCAUGGAGGAGCUAUCGCUCGUUAAAACAUGAACGUGUAUAAAUAAUCGAAUAUCGUGUAGAAACACAAAACAGAAGAAUAGCGCUGCAGUAAGUCAUAGACUCUUCCACAGUCUCUCGCUCGUCCGUUCCGUCUCCACGCUUAGAGACUGUARCGGUACAAUGACCGAAAGGACUUAUGGGUCCCGAAAACUUGGACCCAGCGUGCUUUGG